AUGGCCGCCGCAGCAAUCGCAGCCCCGGGCAGAGCUCUCCUGCGGGUAGGCGCCGAGCCUCUUCUGCGAGGAGGCGUUCGGGAGCUAUUCUGGCCGCGACUUGGAGCCGGUAGCCCUGGCGUGGAGCGCGAUUUCAGCCUUUCUCACAAUCGGGGCACAGUCAUUGUGGAGCGCUGCUGGAAGGUGCCACUGGCCGGGGAGGGCAAAAAGCCGCGCCUGCGUCGGCGACACCGCGUCUACAAGCUGGUGGAGGACACAAAACACCAGCCCAAAGACAAACUGGAACUCAUCCUUACGCAGUCUGUGGACGAACUUGGAGUCCGAGGUGACCUGGUUUCAGUAAAGAAAUCUGUGGGGCGUAAUCAGCUCCUUCCUCAAGGACUGGCUGUCUAUGCAUCCCCGGAAAACAAGAAGCUAUUUGAAGAGGAGAAAUUGCUGAGAAAAGAAGGAAAAUUAGAGAGGAUCCAGACCAAGGCAGGUGAGGCGACAGUGAAAUUUCUGAGGAGCUGCCACCUGGAAGUGGGGAUGAAGAACAAUGUCAAAUGGGAGCUAAACCCUGAAAUAGUUGCCCGACACUUCUUCAGGAACCUUGGUGUUGUGGUAGCUCCCCAUACAGUAAAGCUGCCAGAAAAACCCAUCACACGGUGGGGCGAAUACUGGUGUGAGGUGACGGUAAAUGGACUUGACACUGUGAGGGUGCCGAUGUCUGUGGUGAACUUUGAGAGGCCAAAGACCAAAAGAUACAAGUACUGGUUAGCCCAGCAGGCUGCCAGGGAAACGGCCUCCAAAAGUUCACAAAUCCUCUGACCUUCCCUUCCUCCAAAGCAGC